CGUCUGGGCCACUGCACUGGGAAUCCAGGAUGAAGCCCUUGGCUGGGGCCCUGCCCUCCCUAUUGUUGAGACUGUUGCUCACAUCCACCCCAGGCGCCCUGGGCACCAACCCCGGCCUGGUCACCAGGAUCACUGACAAGGGCCUACAGUAUGUGGCCAAGGAGGGGUCAGUGGCUCUGCAGAAGGAACUGCUCAGAAUCACACUGCCUGACUUCACCGGGGACUUCAAGAUCAAGCCCUUUGGCCGAGGGCACUAUGAGUUCCACCGCCUGAGCAUCCACAGCUGUGAGCUGCGGGACUCUGCUCUGAGACCCCUGCCCGGCCAGGGCCUGAGCCUCAGCAUCUCUGACUCCUUCAUCAGAGUCGAGGGAGAGUGGAAGGUGCACAAAGCCUUUGUGAAACUACAUGGCUCCUUUGAUGUGCAGGUCAAGGGCAUUACCAUUUCAGUCAGUCUUGUCUUGGGCAGGGAGCCCUCUGGGAGGCCCACCGUCACCGCCUCUGGCUGCAGCAGCCACAUUCAAGAUGUGGAGGUGGACAUAUCAGGAAAUUUGGGGUGGCUGUUGAAUCUCUUCCACAACCAGAUUGAGUCCAAAUUCCGCAGAGUACUGGAGAGCAAGGUUUGCGAAAUGCUCCAGAAAUCGGUGACCUCGGACCUACAGCCUUAUCUCCAAACUCUGCCAGUCACAACAGAGAUCGACAGUUUUGCUGGCAUUGAUUACAGUUUAAUGGAAGCCCCUCGGGCAACAGCCCAAAUGCUGGACGUGAUGUUUAAGGGUGAAAUUUUUAGCCGUGAUCACUAUUCCCCAGUCACCUUCCUUGCUCCUGUCAUGAGCCUUCCUGAGCAACAUGACCGAAUGGUCUACUUUGCCAUCUCUGAUUAUGUCUUCAACACAGCCAGCUUGGUUUAUCAUGAGGCCGGAUACCUGAACUUCUCCAUCACAGAUGACAUGGUUCCCCCGGGCUCUAACAUCCGGUUGACCACCAAGUCCUUUCGCCCCUUCGUCCCCAGGUUAGCCAGACUGUACCCCAACAUGAACUUGGAGCUCCAGGGAGCAAUGGCCUCUGCCCCAUUCCUGAACUUCAGUCCUGGGAAUCUGUCCUCGACCCCCCUGAUGGAGAUUGAAGGCUUUGUGCUCCUGCCCAGCUCCGUCAGGGAGCCUGUCUUCCGGCUUGGUGUGGCUACUAAUGUGUCUGCCAUGUUGACCUUCAAUACCAGUAGGAUCACUGGGUUCCUGAAACCGGGAAAGAUACAAGUGGAACUGAAAGAAUCUAAAGUUGGAGUGUUCAAUGUGGAGCUGUUGGAGGCGCUACUCAACUACUACAUUCUCAACACCCUCUACCCCAAGGUCAAUGAGAAGUUGGCAGAAGGCUUCCCCCUUCCUCUGCUCAAGGAUAUUCAGCUCUAUGACCCUGUUCUCGAGAUCCACAAGGAUUUCCUGUUCCUGGGCACCAACCUCCAGUACAAGAGAGCUUGAGGGCCAGGACCCAGCUGGGGUUUGGAGCCCACAGCUGGACUGGCAAAUUGCAUUUCCAGAUGUGCAGCAUUUUCCCGGGGAGAUGAAGACCUCUCUGUUCCCAGCUCUGGGGGAGAGGUCCGCCUGGGUGCCCUGGGCCUCUUCAGCGGGUGCACCCACACCCUUUCUGUCCCUGGGCUUCCCAGCCCCCACCUCCCCCAGGAGAGACCAUCUCCCUGGGCUGGCCUGUACCCUCUUUAAGAGCAGGCAUCAUCUUUUUUAGUCACCAUCUGAUCUCUGUACCUGGCACUGUGUAGAUCCUCAAUAAAUAUUUAUUGAAUG